AGAAGACUCCCUGACUCUCCAGAGAGAUUACACACUUCCAUUAUGGCUAAGGUGACCCAAUGAAUGAAGAAAAUGAAAGGCAUUAAGAAAAGUCUUACAGAAGAAUAUUUAUACCUGGACUUUUCUCACCAUACAGAAGGAUGCAUCUUUCCUCUCCAUACAUCAGUAACUUUAUUUUUGUUAUCAUACUGUGACUACAAAAUCUUUAAAGUUUGCUUGGUCCCCACCAAAGAAAGUAUAGAUAGUUCACUACUAAAAGAUGUACUCUCCCAGGAUAUUGAAAUACAGAUUAUUUCAAGGCAAGAACUUCCACCAAUAGUCCAGAAUUGCUGUUUACCUGUGGUAGUAGAACAACCGGACAAUUUUUGUAGAGCAGGACUUGCUGUUGUAUUAAGACACAUAAUCCAGAAAUCAUAUGAAGCAGACCCCUCAAAGAAGGAAAUUGUGGAACUUCUGGGUUUUAAAAAAACUUGCUUGAAAGCCUGUGCUGAAGUUAGUCAGUGGACCAGGCUAUGUGAACUCACCAUCCCUUUGGCUGUUGAGAAUUUCCUCAGAGUGUCUUCUGACCAGCCCCCUACUAUUCCUGUAGAAAUACUACAGCUAGAGAAAAAGCUUAGUGAGCCUGUUAGAGUGCAUAAUGAUGAUAAACUCCGUAGGCAGAAGCUGAAGCAACAGAAGGCUGCUGGAGUUGGGCCUCCGCUUGCUAAGGGAAAAGCAACGAGCAAAGUUCCUAUACAGGAAACAUCUGAAGUGUUGGAUUCUUCAUCUAAGAGUCUGGAACUACAAGUGGCAUUCUCAAAGCUCACAGUACAGGAAGAACCAGCUACUACCAACAGGGAGCCUUCUCACAUCAGAAAAGCAAAGGCCUCUGACCUUCCACCUCUGGAGCAUGUGUUUGCAGAAGGGCUUUACUUCACUUUGGCAGAUAUUGUACUCUUGCCCUGUAUCCAUCUUUUUUUGGUAAUUAUCUGCAAGAAAUUUUCUGAGAAGCUGGUAGAAUUUCCACUGCUAGCCUCUUGGUACCAGAGGAUUCAGGAAGUGCCAAGAGUAAAAACAACAGCUGCUAGGUGUGGGAUCCAAUUUCUCCAUUUACCAGAAUUGUUGACUACCUCAAAUGAACAACAUCCAAACUUAAGUGAAGUCCCCAGUGUAGAGGAGCAAAAUGAUCCUUUAUUUUUAGGGGGACCAAGACCAACAAUGACCAAGUUAAUGGAAAAGGGCAUUGAAGUGAUGUUUUCUCCCCACCCUUGCCCUACUUGGACACUGGAUUGGGAUGUUCUUCCUGCAGCAGUGAGUCCAAAGGAAGGUAAAAUGUCCAGUGAUCGAGCUUUGAGGAAGCAGCAGCAAUUAAACAACCUUGUUUAUGUGGUGACAAAUCAGGCCAAACCUGGUGACAGAAUUGUGGAUUUCUGCAGUGGUGGGGGCCAUGUUGGAAUUGUCCUUGCUCAUAUGCUGCCAUUAUGCCAGGUUACAUUAAUAGAAAAUAAGGAAUUAUCAUUAAUUCGUGCUAAGAAGAGAAGUGAUGAACUAGGUUUAAGCAACAUUUGGUUCAUUCAAGCAAAUAUGGAGUAUUUUACAGGGAUGUUUAAUAUUGGG